AUGUCUCAUCGACAAAAAAUCUAUGUUGGUUUGGCCAUCUCAGCGGGUGUUUGUACCGGUAUAGCUGUAUUUCUUUACCUCCGUCAACGUCGACAAAUCGCUUUAUCGAAAGCUCCAGAUGAUAAAAGUCGAUCUCUCACACCUGCGUCUAUCAUCGCCUCGUUGAAAUCGCCUCGUGGUCGUGACUACAAUGAGAUUACAUCAGUAGACUCUAAUCAGAGUUCGGUAGAGUCGGUGCGGUUUCAAAGCGGUGGUGCUAAUUUCGAAGUGAAUAUUCCUGGCGGUGGUGCAGCAUUAACACCAGAGCAAGCCAUUGUAUUAGUACGAUUUCUCGAUGAAAUUAAUGGUGAUAUUGAACGAUUAAAUCGUAUUUUAACUAAUAUUGCAAACGCGGCCACAUUUACAGAAAGUCAAGUCAAUUUAACCAAUGCCGGUUGUAUUGAACGUCUUCGAGAGCUACUUUCCUCAGUAGAAAACGAAACGACUACAUACAAAAUUCUCUUAGCUUUGAAUAAUCUUGCUUUGAAUGAUUAUACUAUCAGUCAUUUCUCGGGUCUAGUUUUAAAUGUUAUCAAUCUUUGUCGUACAACUCCGUCGAAAUCACUCGUACGCCUCUACGGAUUGAAUUUAUUGGUGAACAUGUCUGUGCUCGAACAUCUCCACAGUGAAUAUAUGAAAAAUAUUACCGAUCUUGGUCAAUUGAUUGAAUCAACAUUUGAUAAUAACGAAGAAGCUUUGUCCGCUGGAAAGAUUCUUGUUAAUUUAUCAACGAACAAAUCAAAUCUUGAAACUUUAUUAAAAUUGACUGGUAUCGAUAUGAAAACAAUUGUGAAUAUUUGCACACCAAAGAAGAAAUCAGUCGAUACCGAUGAAUCAACAAAAUUAGAAGAUAUUCUCCUUCGUUAUUUAACUUUCUAUUGCAAUUUAGCUGAAAUUACCGUAAACGAUUUGAAAUUGGGAACUACAAAUGAAAGUAAUAUGCUUUUGUACGAUCCAAUUCCAUACGGAGAAAAUGCAGUUUAUUUCGAAUUAUUCGACCAUGGCAAGCAAAUGUCAACGAAGUCUAUUCUUCGUCCUCAAUAUUCUUCACCAAGUGUCAAUAAUCAAAUCAAGCGUCUUCGCCAGUCGUUGGAUACCAUUCGUCAGAUUCAAUUUGAAUCCUCGGUUUCAUCCGUUCAAGACGAGUUCAACGAAAGUGAUCACGUACAAUCGCCUUCGAUUACCGAUUCGUCAACACCGAAAAAAGUCACACCUGUGUCUGACAAUGAAAGUCCAACACAGAAUACUUUCGAGAAUUUCGAAAAAGACAUUAAUGAUGAGUUCGCAGAUGAUGAUACAAUUCUUCCUGGCGAAACGACACCAUCAGAUCAAUCAUUAGCUAGUUUUCGUUCGGCCUAUUCAACCAAUGAAAAUAACACGUUUACUAGUCCUGAGAAAUCACAUUCAACAUGA